AUGGCGACUCCAACUGAUGAUACUCCUGCCAUCCAGGACAAGGAGAACAUCAAGAAUGAAGAUGCGGAAUAUCUUGGACCGCCACCUGCUCUUCCCGCGUCGCUUCAGGGUCUUGCAAAGCCAGGCAGUCGGAGGAAGCCCAAGGCACUCGUCCACCGUGGUCCUACUGCUCUCCCCAAGAACCGAGGAACUGGUUUCGAGGAGUUCUUUGCUGACCCGCCCAUGACCCCUGAUGAGGCCAAGGAGGAAAAAGAUGAGAUAUAUGCUCCGCGCAUGCAAGCUUGCAUCCAGCGUUUCCGCUCCAGACGUCGUCUCCAGGGCGCUCGAAUCCUCUACUUCGACGAAUACCUUUUCCUCGGUGGUGUCGAUUGCCAGCCCAACAACUUUGGUGGUCUUAGCCAGAAGGAGCUAAAGGAACUCACUCCCGCCGAGCGUCGGGAUGCGACUGCGAAGGAUGUCAUCUGGGCCAGCUCUGCAGCUGGAGAAAAAUUCUACAAUGGCGACGAAGAAAACUGGACGGUUGACUUUGCCGGUGUUGCCGCGGGUUUCUUCUCGGUCACCCUCGUCCACCUCACUUCUUCUGAGCAGAAGAGAAUGCUGGAGGGCAUCAGCACAGUCGAGAACUUUCUCCGAUACGUUCUUCAGCACAGUGUCUGUCCCGAGUACGAGGACGACGUCAAGGCUGCAAUGGAAGUUUGCAAGGUCGCCGCCGAGGAGUGGCCCAUGUUUCAGGAGCUCUGCGCUGCACUUCCUGGACAGUUCAACCUGGCUGCUGCGGAACUGUACUGUCCCGAAGAAACCAUCGAGCAGUCAUGGUCGUUUUUGGAUUUCAAGCGCCCAAAGGAUUUCGAUCCUAUUUCUGUCUUUUUCACGGCUUUUGCACUCAUGGAUGAGCCAGAGUUGUUUGAGAGACUGGCCACCAAACAGCCUACCGUCACUCGCGAGUUCAAGUGUACACUGGAGUUAGUCCAGACAUUCCGUCCCAGCGACGACAUCAUCAAGCGCGUCAAGUCUCUUGUCAUCGCUGACAAGGCAGCUUACCACGUCCCUGUCGGCAAGGCGACCUUCAAGCAGGGUGUCAUUGAGGACGACUGGGAGAAACCGCCUACUUCAUGGCCAAUUGACGAGGAAACCAUGACGCUUUUCUUUGACGAUCAUCUUCUGGCGAGAAUGUGGCCAGGAAUGAGAAUUGAAGCCAACAUCUGUGAGUUGGACGCGGGGUUGCGUUUCAUCACCAGCAUCGAGAACAUUGUCCCGUCGUUCUACGUUUUUCUCCCUCAAGAGAUGAUGCGACACUACAAGGAGCCGAAAGAAAAUGAUCGACCUGCUCCAUCGGUGAAUGAUCCUCAACAGGACGGUAACGAGAAUGGGGGUGGAGAAAAAUGA